CUACUUAUUUGAAGUCACUCUCCGUACUCGGAAGUUUUCGCUGUAGGUAGGUCUGCCUUCAUACUGGGACUGCACUCAGGAUUUUCUAAGUGCUUUCAGUGAUCUAUAUUGUAAAGUAAGCAUUAUUUAGAAGCAGUAAAAAUAUUAUGAGUUCUAGCGAAGCUCGUGCAGAGCGAUUGCGCCGCGUCAACCAUUAUAAGGCUGUACAGGCUGAACUUGCGAGGCAACGAGAAGAGGCUGAAUUCAUUGCACGAAGGGAGCAAAAGAUACGUGCUGCCGAAGCGGAUGCGGAGUUAGCUGCAGAGUUAGCAGAGCGGCAAUGUAGGGCCACCAGAGAUGAAAAAAUGCUACAGUUCGUUCGGGAUUUUCCCGAAGUACGCGAGUUGGAGCAGAAGCUGAAGGAUGCGUACCUCAAAAAGACGCGAGCCGAACAAGUAAUCGACAAGACUGCUGCCAAGAGGCAGGAGAUGGAGGAACAAAGGAGAUAUAUUGAAAAUUUAAAUGAGCAGAACAGACAAGCUGAUGCGAUAGAAGAGAAGAAGCGACUUAAGGACAUUGAGAGCUUCCGCGCACACCAAGAAGCGCAAUUAGAGCUUAUUAGACAACGCCAAGAGGCAGCCCGCAAGGAAGUAAAAGAGAAGUUGCGAGAGCGGAUUGCAGUUGAUGCAGUGGUGGCUCGCGUUCAUGAAAAGGACUUCCUCAAUGCCCUUGAGCGGAAGGAAAAACAACGAAAGCUCCAAGAGGAGCAGGAUGAAUUCUACUGCAUUCGAGCUGCCUUGAAAAAGGCAGAGCAGGAACGGGAGGCCAAGGAGGAGGCUGCUAUCCAGGCUUACCUCGCGGAGCAAAGUCGACGUAAGGAGGCAGACGAAAAGACAUUCCGCGAGCGGAACCAGGUGAGAGCAAACAUUCUAGAGGAGCAGGGUCGUUUUAUCAUGGAGGAGCAGCGAAAGAAGCAGGAGCUAGAAGACCUAUUGCACGACUAUUACGAGGAGGAACGCCUCGCCAAGGAACGGGCCUUGCUCAAGGCUGAGAAGGAAAGCCGUGAACGUAUGAGCGCGGCAAUUACACGUGAAAACUUGGAGCUCAUCGAGCAGCGCCGUAGAGCGCGUGAGAAGGAGCAGUCUGAGGAGAUGGCGUAUCGUCAGCAGCUCAUGGAGGAACUUGCUGCAAGUGCCAAGUUGGAGCAACUCAACAGGAGGAUGCAGAUUCAACGCAAGAAGGAAAUUAUUGCAGAAACUCAGAAACGAAUGGAAGAAAGACAAAAGCUUAAAGAAGAGGAAAAGCUAAUUGAGAAGCAGGUCGAAGAAUUGGAACGUAAGCGUGAGGAAGAGAUUCAAGAGUAUAUUCGACGCGCUCGUGCGCAGUUAUUGGAGGAGCAUAUGUCCAAACUUGGUGAGUUCGCCCCACUUCGUCAUCUGAAGCCCGAGGAACGAGAGAAAUAUUUACCCGCAAAUGGAUCCUCCCAAUGA